AUGACCGAUCUCGCACCCCAUCUCGAGCGCCUUGGCCUUGAGCAGUACCUCGACGCUUUCAUCGGCGAAGGAUUCGACACCUGGGAGACUUUGACAGAUAUUCAAGAGAGUGACUUUGACGCUCUCAAUGUCAAACUCGGCCAUCGCAGGAAGCUUCAGCGGGCCAUCGCUGACUAUCGAGGCGUCUCGUACGAACGUCUCUUUGGCUCUCCUGCUCAGGAAGGGCUCUCGGAAAGCAGCAGAGGGUUUGAUGCCGUCGCGGGUCCUCCCGCGGGACCUGAACGGCCGUCGGUCCCCCCUCCCGAGACAAAGCGGAAAUACCGACGACAUCCCAAACCCGACGAGAAUGCUCCCGAACGGCCCCCUUCCGCCUAUGUGAUUUUUUCGAACAAAGUAAGGGAGGAGGUCAAAGACCAAAACCUGUCCUUUACGCAAAUAGCCAAGCUCGUCGGUGACCGAUGGCAAAAAUUGGAUCCUGCUGGCAAAGAGCCUUUCGAGGCCCAGGCAAGCGCCGCCAAAGAGAAAUACAACGUCCAGCUGUCGGCGUAUCGCAAGACCGAAGAGUACAAGGACUAUAUGGCGUAUCUUUCAGAGUUUAAAGCCAGGCAUGGGCCGUCGUCCGAGGCCAAACGGCCCAAGCUGGAGCAGGAAUCCAGUGGGAGUAUCAUCUCUACAAAGUCGCUGGAGGCGAACCCAGAAGGAACGGCGCAGGCGUCUGGUCAUUUCCGCGGGGGCUCAAUGGGCUCCUCUGCAUCUUCACCAUUUAUUGGUGGGACAAUACAUCCCAGUGGUUCGGCAGGGACUAUGCAACGACCACAACUGCCCUCGUCUAGGAGCGGGACUCCUCCCUUGGUGCAGCAGAGUCGUGAGUACUUUCGUCCGGGCUUACUCUCCAGUCACAGUUCGGUCUCGGAUGAAUCCUCGACCGUCCGGAGUGAAGUACCUGAGCCACUGAUGCGGGCAGCUGGUCUAUCGUUGGGUGUCGGGUCAGGUACGCCUCCUCUACCGGCACUGCCACCGAGUGCCUCGUCAGUGGAGUCUACAGGGUCCCCUGACCCCCUUGCAAGGUCAAGACUGUCGUAUUUCGUACAGCAACAACAGCAACACCAACCACAACAACAAACGCCGCCACCGCCCCCGCCGGCAGCGAUCCCUCCUCCGCCGCCUUUUGGGAGUGUCCCGCACGGACCGACCCCCCUUCCCUACCACUCGACUCUUCCGUCGCCAACAAUGCAGGAGUCGUCGUCGAGAAAUCGUCCCGUGGACUUUCGAGCGUACCAAGAUACCCCAAGGGCUUCCCACGCUUCCAUACAUCUCCCCAGCCCCGGCCGAGAACAGUUGAGCCCGACUCAGCUUCCCCCAAUAUUGUCCCACGAACGACCCCCCGAAUUUCCUCAAGGGCCGGGCGCAAGAAGUUUACCGUUUCCUCCUCGAACAGGCGGGAUGGGCACCACUACCCUUCCGCAUCUCGGCCGUGCCAUGGACCAACCUCGACCUGUGGCCACCAAUCCUCUCCAAAUACGUCAGCCAGGGCACGACGACGGCCGGCCCGGCUUCAACCGGUCCGAGAGCGACGCGGCUACCACGUUAGCUGGACUGGCGACCGGAGUCCCUCGCCCUGAUAUCACCAGGCCUGGCACCCACCCACCGCUUCCACGACCUCCGCGACGAUCUCCAUAG